CCGACAAGAUGGCGUGCUGUUGACCAGAAGGUUGUUCUGCCAGAGAAUGCUGAGUCCCUUUGAGCAAGCCAACUCUCGGAUUCGACAAUCUGCUCAGUAAAGUCAGGGCUAGUUCUUAAAUCCUUGGCUUGUCAUGCCGUUUCUUGCGAUUGUUGACCGAGGUUCGUGUUUGAGAACAACACGAUAGACAGCGGCUCAUUUUGGUUCAGCUUUGUUUUCCUGUGGCUGGAGAUCAAGGCUGAAAAAAGCUACUGGUAUAAAUAUGGGAAGGAUAUACACACACACACACACACACACCCACACACACACACACACCCUCUCCCUGUGGGCAACAACUUCUCACAUGCAAGCAUUCUUUUACCUUUCUCCACAGUGAUUCUUUUUAAACAAAACAAAACAAAAAUGAUGAUCCUUCCGAAUUGUGGAAAGUAAAAGUCGAAUAGGGAUUGGAAUGCGUGAGCGUGUGAUGGAUUUGUCCUCAUGACUGCUAACACGUCUAAGGGUGCAAAUUCUUUUAGCGUCUGUUUAGAUCUUCGCGAAGCUCGGCCCACAUUCUAAAUAUUUAGACGGCAGCGUUAAAGUACUUUUGAUGCAGGUGCGCCGUGGAAAUGAUCCCGCUUGGAAGCAUAAGCGUGACGCACCUCGCCACGCCUUCCAAAUUACCUCUUUUAAAGGCUUCUGGUACUGUUUAUGGGUUUUACGGCCCUGGAACUUUCCUCUCGUACGGCUGCCAGGCACGACAGACGAGAGAACAGCCGAGUGAGUGAGUGAAUAAUCCCAGAUAAACCCUGCGACGCUUAAACAGCACAAAGUGUAAAGUCACACCGGGGGGAGUUAAGCAGCUGUUUAAUCAGUCAGCAGUUCACGUCAGCUCAACGCUCGCCUCGAGUCAAAACACAUUCUUUCUUCCCAUCGACGAAUCCUUUCUACGUUGCUACUCGCUCGUUUAUGGCCCGUUUCUUGUUAUCAGUGGCUCAUUAGGGCCUCCAGAACACCAGGGGGCGCCAUAAUUUUUAAAACAUAAUGAGACGUUACAUUUUUGGAACGUCUCGGUCCGUCCGAGAUUCCCGUAAGCGCGAUAUCUUAAGAAUGAUCGGUUGAACAUUUUUGUAGGAUUUAUACGGAAAUUCCCAUCGUAACCGAGAGAGGAACGGAUUCGGUUGUGGAAUCGAUCCAAGCGGGGUCAAGGUCACAGCAAGGUCAAACGAUGUUUGAGGCGAACGCAUCCCUGUCGACACCGCCGUACGUGUUAAAAUGCAUAGAUAUACGAAAAUGCACGCUUUACAGAUAUUUGGCGGAGAAGUUUGUGAAUCAGGUAGUCGCAGGGCGCCCCCUUGUGGUGUGAAAAGUCUAGAAUUCAUGCGAAUGAUUUGGAUCGGAUUGAUUUUGUCCGCUUUCUAGCUUCCGCUUGUUGAUGUAAUCGAAAUGGAAAAAGUUAGUGUCUGAUUAAAUAUUCACAUUUGGAGGUCCACGCUGGUGGACUCUCCUCUUCAGUUCACCCCACAGGUUUUCUAUGGGGUUCAGGUCAGGGGACUGGGAGGGUCAUGGCAGGACCUUGAUUUUGUGGUCAGUAAACCAUUUUUGUGUUGAUUGUGAUGAUGUUUUGGAUCAUCGUCCUGCUGGAAGAUCCAACCACGGCCCAUUUGAAUCUUUCUGGCAGAGGCAGUCAGGUUUUCAUUUAAUAUCUGUUGAUAUUCGAUCGAGUCCAUGAUGCCAUGUAUCCUAACAAAAUGUCCAGGUCCUCUGUCAGAAAAACAGCCCCAAAACAUUAAAGAUCCACCUCCAUAUUUAACCGUGGACAUGAGGGACUUUUCCACACGGCUACCUCUCUGUGUGCUCCAGAACCACCUCUGGUGGAGAGUAAGCGUGUACAAGUUAUAUCUUCUAGAAAGGAAUUACAGUUGUAAAAAGUACGUGGAUGGAUGGUAAGUUAUUUCUAUUUUUUAAUGCCAUGUUAAAGUUAAAUCCCGCUUUUUACAGUCGCAUAGUAAAAUAGUAGCUUUAUAUUAUUGGAGUAAAGGGUUAAAGACACCGAGUAUCGUGUCUCAUGAGAAUGAGAACAGUUUGUGAUGGGUUUUAUUUUGUCGUGUGGUUGAAAUGGAAGCAAAAUGGACGAGCCAUAAAGGAAGGGGUAUUUUUGUGGCAGCGGUGUAAAUAAUUUUAGAUAUCCUCUUUCAGGUCACACCUCUGUCUCUUUGUAAAGGACAUAAAGCGCAACAAAGCUCCCUGCGGUGUGUAACGCGGCCUGCGCUGGCUCUUUACGGUCUCACGUCGCUGAAGAUCGAUCCCCGAAACAGAGGCGUAUUGUGCUUCUUUAGUCGAGAGUAAUAAAGUUAACAGUGUGAGCUUUAUACACGUCGACCUGCUGCGUUCCGCUCGCUCUGUUUUUCAUGGAGGAGGAGGAGGAGGAGGAGGAGGAGGUAAGGAAGGCAUUCUCUUUCCAUGGGAGCUGGAAAGCUGUGAGCAGUGGGAACGAUUAUUACUCCAGAGGCAGAGACGGAGGCAAAGCGGCGGUCGUGUGACCGAGCUCGCCCAGAACUGAAAGCUCCAUGGCAUGCUGGUGUAGGAAAAUAAUCAACAACUGGCAAGUGGAUUAUUUUCCUUUUAUACCACAGAAUGUCCACGUUUUCAUUUAUUUACAGAACGAUACAUCGUACUAACACUGGAGACUCCUUCCGGAAUGUCUCCUCGGCCAGAAGCCUCGCCGAAUACAUUAAUAUUAAUCAACUCCUUCCGACCAAUCAGAUUCAAGAAUUCCACACGGCGAUGUGGUGUAAAUGUUGUAUAUCGUGAUGGAUCAUGUACUCGAUCUCACACACACACACACACACACACACACACACACACAGACGUCCGCUCCUCAGUACAGGUUUUGUUUGAGAGGAAGAAUCUCGGCGCCUGUUCGUGUGGCAGGAUGUCGCAGUGCCGCUUUGAACGGCGAAAGAUGGAGUCCGUCGUCAUCGCGCCGUAUGAAGCUCGUAUUGUUCUAGUUCUCAGUGUGAGAGGGAGACGAGGAAGGACAGGACGAGGAGGAGGAAGAGCUUCUCGAAGAGAAUCGCCUCUCUUAUGAAAGGACAGGAUAAGGAACCAGAGCGGUCUUCAUGCUCGAGGCAGAGACAUGUUCGGUCUGUGCUGUUUACCAGGAGAGUGCGUCCUCCAGAGAGCCGUUCUGGUGAGGAAGAAGCUCUCGCCUAAAGAAGGAGGAGGCUGGCUGUCGGGCACGCUGUUCUGCACCCAUUUCCGCGUGGCCUUUGUGCCUCAGGACAGCCCGAGACCAGACGACAAUGCCGAUCCUGUGCUCCUCGGAGACCAUGACGUCGCUCUGGCCUCCAUCGAGAAGGUCGUGGCCGUGGGACCGUCCCGAACCAAACUGGUGACCCCUAACUCCUCUCUGAAGUUCACUCCCGAGGAGCUGGUGCUGUACUGCAGAGACCUGCGCGUCCUCUGCUUCCUGUUUGACCGGCUCACUCCUGACGCUCAGGCCGUGGAGAUCACGUACACCAUCGCAAAGACGUACCAGCCGCUGAAACCCGGCGCCAUCCUGUCCUUCCAGAACGCGGCUUUGGGAAGCAUCGAAAUGAAACAGUUCCUGAGCAACCGGAGGCGUGACCCGAGCAUGAACUGGUACGAGAGCGCAGCGGACUGGGAGCAGGAGCUGGAGAGGACCGGAGCCACCGGAUGGAGGGUCAGCGGCGUCAACGACCGCUUCGAAAUGUCCACCAGCCUGUCCAGGUUUAACGUGGUUCCUCAGAAGGUCCUCGACACCGAGCUGAAGAAAACAUUCGCCCAUUUUAACGAGGGUCGCAUCCCACGCUGGUGUUGGCGGCAUCCGUGCAGCAGUGACCUGCUCCGCAUGGCCAGCUUUCAGAACAACAUCUAUCACGAGAAGGACGAUAUCCGGAACCUGGAGCUGAUCCUGUUCGGUGGCCAGACGCAGUGUGUGGUGGUGGACCUCGGGGACGAAAUGCCUUCGCCGGCGGACGUGCAGCUCGCGCACGCACGACUGCGCUCCCUGUGCCUCGGAGAUAUUUCAUCCUCCGUGUCCGUGCCGGACGAUAAGUGGCUUUCCACUCUGGAGGGGACUCGCUGGCUGGAUUUCACCAGGUGCUGUCUACGAAAAGCCGCAGAAGUGUCCUGCUUGCUCCAGAGAGGCCAAUUAACUGUCGUUCUACAAGAGCCGGAGGACCGGGACAUGAACUGCGUGGUGUCCAGUCUGGUGCAGGUGAUGUGUGACCCGCACUUCCGCACCGUCGCAGGCUUUCAGAGCCUCGUGCAGAAGGAGUGGGUGAUGGCGGGGCACCGGUUCUUAAGCCGCAUCAACUACCACCGAGACAGCGACAAGGAGGAGGCUCCGGUCUUCCUGCUCUUCCUGGACUGUGUGUGGCAGCUGUGGGCUCAGUUUCCAGCCCGUUUCCAGCUGACUGAAGCCUACCUGCUGGCCCUCCAUGACAGCGUGCAGCUGCCUCUGUUCAGCACCUUCCUGGCCAACUGUCAGAGAGAGCGAUGUCGCCGAUCACAGCACUUGUCCCCGAGCUACACUCCAGUAAACGGGCUGAGAGAGUUACCCAGAGGCUCGGUCGAGGAGCCGGUGGACCCUCCGUACCCCCCCGUGUGGGACUGGGCCCUGCAAUACAGCAGCCAGAGACGGGCCCUGUUCACCCAGCCCGUGUGCCGACCCGCUUCCCCUGCACCUGUGCUCAACGGCAACCUCAACACCACCCUGGAGCCCGAGUGGAGUGACAGCGCUGUAGGCUCAGUGUUCCUGCUCUCGCGUGGCGUCUUUUCCUGUCCUUCCAACCUGCUGCCGUGGAGAAGUGGAGGAGGUUCGGGUUCCUACAAAAAGAGCCACAACAGGGCUCCAUCCUGCGAGGGCCUGCCUGCUCUCGAGCGCCUGAUCAGAGCCGAACCGUUACCCUCCAGCCUCCACGAACCCCACGGGCCCCUGCUGCCCCUGCUCCUCGGGCCCUGCGUGCACGUCUGGAGGAACUGCUACCUGAGAGGGGCGCUGCAUGCGCAGGCUUUCACGUACCCGAUGGCGUCGAACACGAGGCACCCGGUGGAACAACUGGCUUGCGAGGUGGAGAACCUGCGAGAACGUUUGGCCCAAGCCUCCACGGGCCGUCCUCAAAACCGCAAGAGACAGGAACACCGCCGCCUCGGCUCCAACCUCAACCAGAACGCCAACAACGGCACGUUCCUCUUUUCCUCUUCCUCCUCUUCCUCCUCCUCUUCUUCAUCCUCCUCCUCCUCUUCCUCAUCCUCAUCCAGGAGCUCUCACCAGGCGAGCCCGAGCCGCGUCUCGGGACGCUCCGGCUACAGCGACGGACCCAAACACACGUUCCUGUUCGGUCGCUCCUCCUCGAGUUCUAGUGCCAAACUGCCCAAGAGUAGCGGCUCACUGGGGCACAAGCCUCGCUGAGCUUUAGGUAGGACAAUUAAACUAUGCACGUGGGAUGGAAUCUUCUCACAGGACCAAGCGUUUAGAAAUAUUUGCUCUGUGUCACUGAAUAUGAAAUGUUCUACUUUCCUUUCCAUAAUCGGCACACGUCACAGCCUCGGCACUCGGUACUCCGAUUAGGGAAUAGAAGCACAGCAUUCCUUUAUCCUGAGUAUUUCAUACAAAGCUACUUAAGUGUGUGUAUAAUACUUAAUAGUAUAUACUACUAGUAGAGUACAGUAGUAUGCAGUAUACAGUGCCUUGCAUGAGUAUUCAACCCCUUUGGACUUUUGUGCGUUAGAACGUGGAACUGAAAUGAACUCCUUGUGAAGCAUGCUGGCGGUAGCAUCAUGUUCAGCAUAACCCUU